UCUCGUUUCCCCUUUUUUAAAAAACAAAGAGCGGUAGCUUCUCUUUAAAGGCCAUUGAGGCUCUCUGCUAGCGAGGAGCGAGAAGAAACCAAUCGAUUCUUUGAAGGCAUUAGAAAAUGGCGGAAUCCGAGGAUAUCCAGCCUCUCGUCUGUGACAAUGGAACUGGAAUGGUCAAGGCAGGAUUUGCUGGAGAUGAUGCCCCAAGGGCCGUCUUCCCAAGUAUAGUUGGUCGCCCUCGCCACACUGGAGUGAUGGUCGGAAUGGGUCAGAAGGAUGCCUAUGUGGGUGAUGAAGCACAGUCCAAGAGAGGUAUUCUUACUCUUAAAUACCCGAUUGAGCACGGUAUCGUUAGCAACUGGGAUGACAUGGAGAAGAUUUGGCAUCACACUUUCUACAAUGAGCUUCGUGUUGCGCCGGAGGAACACCCUGUCCUUCUCACGGAAGCUCCUCUCAAUCCCAAGGCAAAUCGUGAGAAGAUGACCCAGAUCAUGUUUGAGACCUUCAACACUCCUGCUAUGUAUGUUGCUAUUCAGGCCGUUCUCUCUCUCUACGCCAGUGGCCGAACCACGGGUAUCGUCUUGGACUCAGGAGAUGGAGUGAGUCACACGGUUCCCAUCUACGAAGGUUACGCCCUCCCACACGCUAUCCUGCGUCUGGACCUCGCAGGACGUGACCUCACAGACUACCUCAUGAAAAUCUUGACGGAACGUGGUUACUCCUUUACCACCACAGCCGAGCGUGAGAUUGUCAGAGACAUGAAGGAGAAACUCUCCUACAUAGCAGUGGACUACGAGCAAGAGAUGGAGACGGCCAAGACAAGCUCAGCCGUGGAGAAGAGCUACGAGCUGCCCGACGGUCAGGUCAUUACCAUAGGGGCAGAGAGAUUCCGCUGCCCGGAAGUUCUGUUCCAGCCGUCGUUCAUUGGGAUGGAAGCAGCAGGUAUCCACGAAACGACCUACAACUCGAUCAUGAAGUGUGAUGUGGACAUCAGGAAGGAUCUAUACGGAAACAUUGUGCUGAGUGGAGGAACGACGAUGUUCCCGGGCAUAGCAGACAGGAUGAGCAAGGAGAUAACGGCUCUCGCCCCGAGCAGCAUGAAGAUAAAGGUGGUGGCUCCGCCUGAGAGGAAGUACAGUGUCUGGAUCGGAGGAUCCAUUCUGGCAUCCCUCAGCACUUUCCAACAGAUGUGGAUAGCCAAGGCCGAGUACGAUGAAUCCGGACCGUCGAUUGUCCACAGGAAAUGCUUCUAAUAAUCUAUACAUACAUAUAUGCAUACACGUUCGGCUUGUUGAGGAUUUUGCAUUAUAAUACCAAGUGGUUGCUUUUUUGUUUUUUUACAAUUUCGUUUGUGAGUAUUCUUUCCAUUGUAUAACUACCCUCUACUAUCAUUGUUCUUAUGGAUUUUUCUCCA